AUGCAUCGUCUGCUCAACCGGACCCAGUCUUUCGGCCCUUCUGAAGAUCCUUUCGUCAGCGAAGCCUUCGACGACCUUUUCAAGAUCUGGCGGCCGAAGAAGACAGUAGCAGAAAGGGAAAUUCAAAGGCAGAGAUUGACAGAGCUACAAACAGAUCUCGAUCAUCGCUUCAAGAUAGACUCGUAUCCCCAACGGCCCCCCUGUCACUCUCGAAGACAAUCACUCGAUGCAACGAUGUGCAGGCUCACUGCUCCUGUUGUCACGAACCAGAGUCCUACCUCCGACGACACUGCCGACACGAAGAACGAGGCUCAGCCGGUCGCUUUGAGCAUCACCGAACCGAAAGUUGAAGAGACGAUUCAAAGUAGGAAGACAAAACGGAAGAACCGCAAAGGGGAGGCCGAGAAGAAGAGGCGGCAGGCUAAGAAGAAAGAUAGGAGAAAGAAGGGUGGCACUCAACAACAUGAAACUACUACAGAGGGUAAUGACCAGCUGGCGCAGCAGCAGGCCGCAGGCGCAGAGACACAACCAUUUUCUGCCCAGGCCAAAGUGCCGCUGUCUCCCCCGCCUCCGUAUGCCAGUCAACCUCCUAGACUUUCCGAUGCAGGCAUACCUCAGCUCGGUUCGACAGAUGUAAACUCUAGCUGCCUCUCUCCUGCGGCUUCGACCGUUAGCACCGCAACUCUCCCGGAAACGGACGGCCCAACCGUACCUUUACCUCCGCCUUAUGUUUGUCGAAAUUCGGCCGAAGGUAUUCAGGCUAUGGGGUCUGGUGCCGUGCAGGAUUUGCAUCACCAUAUCUCAAUUCCGGACACAGCCUCUCAAGGCCCGGAAAGAAUUCAUCCAUUGCAGGAGUUGGAGCCACAGACUACGUCUCUGCCUGACGUAAAUGUUGUUGUGGUGCCAUCGUCUGGACCUGAGAUUGAGACUUUAGUAUCAAACUCCGCGGUGACUGAAGAACACGUUGGUGCCGACGAAGGCUUCAGGAUGGUCCACGCUAGCUCCUCUAUUGAGACACCCGCUGACACGCUUGUUGCGGACAACGAGCUUCAAGUGCCAAACGAGCGGCAGCAGCCUGAUGAGGAAGAGGACUUGGCGUUUGCCCACAAGAUCCGCGAAGAGGAAGGAGAAUUCCUGCGCUUUGAGCAGCGCGAACGGGAGCUUUGUCUUUUUGAACCGAAUUGUUGCGUGCAAGUGCCAAGGUUUACGGACUGUGUUUGUCCUCCUAGGAGAUCAUGUUGUUGUACACACUUCAAAACCCACUGUCUGUUCAAAACAACAGAUGCUGUAACUCAGUCAAUGUCAUCAAGCAGUUCCUAUCUUAAGGGAGUUCUGGGGACUGUUCCGGAACACUCUCAUACGGCUGAGAGGCAGGAAGUUGGUGGAGCUGGAAAAACCGACAACGUGAACAAAAAGACAGACUCGCAUGAAGACCUGAGAAGUGAGGAUAGCCUCGCAGCCUAUCUCCUUAACUUAAAACGCGAAAACGAACUGUGUGACUUCACCUUCGAGAUUAUGACGAGAGACGACCCUAUCACUCGCAAUCAAUUGAAUGCACAUAGGAUCAUUAUUGCGCGAAGCCCAUCUAUUGCCAUCAUGCUGAAAUUCCCCGCGUACAUGCAAGGGCAUAACCGGAUUACGGCAGUCUUCAGCGAGAAAGUGUCCAUGUGGCAUGGGUUCGAUUUUGCUCUCGAGAAUCUGUACGGUGCACCCCUUCUAGACUCCGAAAUCCUUCACCUCAAGGCAAUGAGACUACUGGGAUAUACGGAAUCGACAUAUGAUGCGCUUCGGUUCCCAUUCGGCUCUGCCAAAGCCGAGGUCGCUUACUCCUAUGCGCUCGCCGGCGCAUGCUUGCAUAUCCCAGAGGUCAUCGAGACCGGUAUUGCUCUGACCGUUGGUUUGAUCAGCUGGGAGACAUUUGAUGAGAUCCUGCAGUUCGGUCUCCGGCCUCAAGACUACCUAACUACCUUGAAAGGUUUCAUAACCUUUGACCCGGCUAAUCCUUCAAGUGCGACACCAACGACGAGCCAACCAGGAGCGCAGGAGUUCCGGAACCUUUGGGCUCCCCAAAUAGUCACUGCCUGCUUGAGAUUUAUGGUCACCAAUAUGAAGCCGGAUUUUAUACUGUUCCACAGGAGGGGUCAGCGUCCUAGGGGGCCGCCAGGCGACAGGAAUGACGAGACGAAGCCCACUCCAAGGGAUCCUGAAACAGAGCUUCCGAGUUAUGAGAUCGUUAUGAUCUCCUGGACCUUGGCGAGCUUGCCGUUUGUCUAUCUCCAAGAAGCCUUCGAGUUGCUACAUGCGCGAGGCUUGCUGUCGUUAGCACUGGCGCAAGAGGUCGUUGUGGAGCGAGAACUAAACCGCUUGCAAGGGCUCCUGCUUUGGAUCCGAAACGGGAAUUCGAGCUCAGACCUUGAAAACGCCGGCGAUGCUAAAAUAUUUGGGUAUCAAGAGAGAUUAGUUAUGGGGUCGGAUUCUCAAGGAUCAAGCUCGACGGAGAUCCGCUUAGAGCGCGAUUGGGUUGGACUGGGUGUUCCCCCCAUACCAGCAGCUGUGGUCGAUCCUGCUCCCUCAAGCAAGUGACCUCCGGUCGUUCACCUGGUCGGCUUUUGGCUGUUCUACUCUACAUUGAAUCGUUUCGAUUGCUCAACGGUAGAGGGUUUCCUUAAUCUAGAUUUGAGUGGAUUUGGGGUGAAUAAAUGGGGCUGCUGUCCUUGGGUUGAAGGUUUGGAG